CGGGGAGGAAGAGGAGGAGCCAGAGCACUCCGGACCGCAGUGCUCGGUCCCCGCUGCGCGUCUCUCCCCUUGGCGUGCCCAUCCCGGAGCCUCCCCGCGGCGCAGACAUGGCCUCAGCGGCCACCCCCACCGCCGUGAAGAUUGGAAUUGUUGGUGGAACCGGCCUGGAUGAUCCGGAAAUCUUAGAAGGAAGAACCGAGAAAUAUGUGGACACUCCCUUUGGCAAGCCUUCUGACGCCUUGAUUUUGGGGAAGAUAAAGAAUGUCGAUUGCGUCCUCCUGGCGAGGCACGGGAGGCUGCAUACCAUCAUGCCUUCCAAAGUCAACUAUCGGGCGAACAUCUGGGCCCUGAAGGAGGAGGGCUGCACUCAUGUCAUAGUGACCACGGCUUGCGGUUCCUUGAGGGAGGAGAUUCAGCCCGGUGAUAUCGUCAUCGUUGACCAGUUCAUCGACAGGACCACCAUGAGGCCUCAGACCUUCUAUGAUGGGAGUCACUCCUGUGCCAGAGGAGUAUGCCAUAUCCCCAUGGCCGAGCCUUUCUGCCCAAAAACGAGAGAGGUGCUGAUCGAGACUGCUAAGAAGCUAGGACUCCGGUACCACUCAAAAGGGACCAUGCUCACGAUCGAAGGGCCGCGCUUCAGUUCACGGGCAGAAAGCAUCCUGUUUCGCACCUGGGGGGCAGAUGUUAUCAACAUGACCACAGUUCCAGAGGUGGUUCUUGCUAAGGAGGCUGGACUCUGCUAUGCAAGUAUCGCCAUGGCAACAGAUUACGAUUCCUGGAAGGAGCACGAGGAAGUGGUUUCGGUGGACCGGGUUUUAAAGACCCUGAAAGAAAAUGCCAAUAAAGCCAAAAGUCUGCUCCUCACGACCAUUCCUCAGAUAGGUUCCAUGGAAUGGUCAGAAACCCUCAAUAGCCUGAAGAAUAUGGCCCAGUUCUCUGUUUUAUUGCCAAGACAUUAAACUACAGCAGGACUUCCCAGAAGAUAAGACUUUCUAAUUCUAGUCAUUUGGGGAAUUCCUGCUCGAUUUGAGAUGUGGAAAAGCUUUUGUGCCCUUGCCCGCUGAGGAAGAACCUGUGCUGAGACCCUGCCAGUGUGAGAGAUGCCUUCCGGAAGUCAUGGACUGCUCCAAAACACAGGGAAGCGAAUGACCAGUAAACGUGGGAAGUAAAAUUCCUACCCUUUAGGAAAAAAGACAAGAAGAUGUCAUUCGCCUUUCUCCCAUUAAAUUCAUAACAGUAAUUAAUGUAUGGGAGGGGCAGAUUCUUAUGUGGCCCGUGAAUAUGAAGACAGAAUAGGACUUGGACUGUUUGCUGGUGGCACUGUGCAUGUGUAGAGUCUUUUUGCAGAGCUGUUUGGUAAAUGUACCAAAAGGCUUAAAAAUACUUAACACCCUUUUUGCUGGUCACUCUGCUCCUUUUAUAUUGAAAAAUUUAGCUCUUAAAAAAUUAGAAAUAUGGUAGUGAAUGAAAACGGCAAAGAAUUAUGUGUAAAGAAGGCUGUUUUAUAUAGUGUCAGUUUUAAUAGCAAAGAUUCAAAAUCAUCUGAAUAUCCAAAAAUUAGAGAUACAUUAUGGUUUGGCUCUAAUUAGAUUAUGAAGGAGCCAACUGAAGGCCAUGUUUUUUAUAUAAUAUUUAAUGUCCUAAAGAAUUGGUUGCUGUAUAAUAUUAAAUG